GCCCCAUAUCGCAGUCAACUUAGGAGAAAAGUUAGAGGUAUCAAAGCAUUAAAAAGGAAACAUGAAAAAAAUAUUCAAACUGCAUUUUUGCCCCUAGGAUGAAUUUUACGUAUCGCGGAAUAGUAAAAUGAAAUUUAAAAACCGCACAUUCUUAAACUCGCCGCUAAUUUUAACCAUGCGGUUAUUUGGAGUCUUUCCAAUAAAUCCAGAUACGCUCGAGUGUUCACGUUUUGACGUCAUUUACUGCGGCUGUUCGGGGGUCCUGUCAAUUUUGGAACUGCUCUACACGCCGGUCUUCAUCAUCCACCAAAAAGACAAGCUGGUCCCCGCCAAUUUUCCAGCGACAACCACUAUCAUGUUCAUCCAGUCCACUAUCACGUCUAUAGCCGCGCGUUACACCGCCCUCCACAGAGUGAUAAAAUAUUUCCCGAGAAUCAACGACAAUAUAAUCAAAACCACCAGUCUUUUAUACACCCACAGUUUAGCCGACGAGAAAUACAAACGGGAGAGAGCCUUGCUCAGAAAUAGAUUAUUGUGUAUUUUCAUUUUUAUCGGAGUCGUGGGGCUUAAUGUGAAUCGAGUUCAAUGUUUUAUCAGGAUGUCAGAAAUUAUAGGCGACACAAUUUAUUUCGUUUACUUUAUCAUGUUUCAAAAUAGUGCUGUUCUGCUCAUUGAAAUCAUGUUCCUACGCACUGUCGCGCAGUUGAAUUUGAAUUUCUCGAAGAUAAAUAAAGAACUCGAGUUGAUCCUAGAGGAAACCGAGCUUUUUGAGAAACAAGCUCAGCGCCUAAUGUGCAAGGUUGAAGGAGCCGAGAAAGUCAAUAAGGAUGAUAAAAGCAGUAGUAGAAUGACUUCUACUACACACGGACAUCCUAUCAGGUCUCCUUACGUUUGGCCGAGCUCGGGAAAGUCAUGCGACAGUACGUUGAAACUGAAUAUUGAGAUGGUUGAAAUUCCGGAAAUAUUCCCCAUGAACACGCUCAGCCGGUUAAAACGACUAUUUUUCUUGCAUAUUCAAUGCAGUGAAGCAGUAGAAUCGUCGAAUAGUCUCUUUGAGGUGCAGCUACUUUUCUCCGUAUUUCGGCUGUUCUGUGUCAGUUUUUUGGUCGUGUACCAACACCUCUCCAGAUACGUUGAAUACGGAUUUGCAUACACGGUUUUGAUAUAUGUGUAUAUAUUCUUCAUUAUUCUUAGAUCCACGCUCUUAACUUCAAGUACUGGCUGCACAAUUUCCGAGGCGCAAUAUACAAAAGUCCUGAUAACAAAAAUUAACAAUCGAUUUUUGGAUGUCGAUACGAAAGAGGAGCUUGAAUUGUUCUGGGAACACAUCACGAGCAGUAAACUUGAGUUCACAGCAUGUGGAUUUUUCACCCUAAACACGAGACUAAUUGCAUCAGCUUUUGUGGCCGGCACAACAUACCUCGUGAUUCUCUUGCAAUUUAAUCCGGAAAAACAAAACAUGGUGUCUUAAGAUAAUUGCACUAUUUGUUCGUUAAAAUAUGGCUGACAGACAAUUUUCUUCAGCAGCUCUUAUACGUACAGUUCAGUAAUGCACACUCAGACGUUGUGGCCAAUCACAGUCUAGAUCCGUUCUCGGAUUGCGCGCGCAAUCAGGAGGCACACUUUCCAGCGGCCUGCCAAGGAA